ACCUCUGCUCGGUAACUGGAACCCGGGGGAAGUGUCACGUUUCAGGCUUGGCUGCAACUCAGCGCCCUCCACGACACACGCAGGAAAUAUCAGGAUUGUGAGAAACGAUGAGGAAGAGGGUAACGUUUGUGGAGCAGCUGAAAAAAGAGACCAGGUUAAAAAAUGGGCACGUGUUAACGAGGUCUGCAGAAUAUAGCCAGAGAGGCACAGAUGGUGUUGAAUAUCUACCUAGUGAGCAGGUGAGGGAGGCGUUCAGAGGAAAACACGGUAACGUUUCUUCAGGAGGACAACACAUGAAGACGAUCCACGUUCCCAAAUCCAUGAUGGCUGCUCCCUUCUUACAGCAUCCCGCCCUCACAGCCGGACAGAGACGCUACCUGUGCAGCAUAGCAAGCGUCUACAGCACGGAGCACAUGAAGCAGCAGAUGAAGCAGCACUACCUGCACCUUCUGCACACAUGCCUUCAGUCAGGUCAGAAUCCCCCCUGCAGCAGGAGGCUUGGGACUCAUCAGCGAGGAGAAAACAAAACAAAGGAUGCAGUGAAGGAUGUAAGGAUGAAGCCUCAAGGACAGAGGAAGAGCAGCAAUAAUUCUGAUGUCAUACUUCCAAAAAUAAUCAACAGAUGACCCAUUUGAUGGCAUAUUAUUUUCAAGGUGUUAUUACCUUAUAUUGAGGUAUUGAGUCCUUUAUAAAUACAGUCUAUGGUGCAUUCAUGUUUUUUUACAUAUACGUAUAAACAAAUAUAACAACACUGCAUUUGCUAAGGUACUCAACGUGUUUACUAGUUACAUUUUGCUCAGUUAUUUUACUGUCUAGUA